AUGGGCAUAAUGUGGAGUACCUUUGGUUCUUCGAUCCAGCAUGCCACAAUCAUAUCGGCCAUGUUAUCGAUGCAUCAGCAGGAAUUUCAGGAGCAAGAUCUCUAUUGCGGUGUCUUUGAAAUACCUGUCUCCGUGUUAAAUGUUUUCCCCUUAUUUGCUGCAUAUUUCAUGGUUGAUCUGUCUCGAUGAUUCCGAAUAGGUUGGCAGCAGCAGCGAAUAAGCUACCCCCCUGAUCGAUCGGGUCUCUACUCCGAUGGUCUUGAGAUCAAGGAUCAUGGAUCAGCGCCUCUGGCCACACUCUGCUCCUGAGACAACUUCUCGACAACACGGACGAUCCGAUUCAAUCG